AUGUCGUCGCCGGUGUCCGCUGCGGAGAUGGCGGCCGUGAAGACGUCGUCGAACGGGGUGUGGCAGGGCGACGACCCACUCCACUUCGCGUUCCCGCUUCUCAUCCUGCAGGCGCUGCUGAUCCUGGUGCUGAGCCGCUUCCUGGCGUUCCUGCUCCGCCCCCUCCGUCAACCCAAGGUGAUCGCGGAGAUCGUGGCGGGGAUCCUGCUAGGCCCCUCCGCUCUAGGCCGCAACGCCGCCUACCUCCGCGCGCUGUUCCCGCCGUGGAGCACGCCCGUGCUGGAGUCCGUGGCCAGCCUCGGCCUCCUCUUCUUCCUCUUCCUGGUGGGGCUGGAGCUGGACCUCCGGUCGGUCCGCCGCAGCGGGCGGCGCGCCUUCGCCAUCGCUGCCGCGGGGAUCUCGCUCCCGUUCGCGUGCGGAGUCGGCGUCGCCUUCGUGCUCCGCGCAGCCAUCCCGGGCGCCGACCAGGCCGGGUACGCGCCGUUCCUCGUCUUCAUGGGCGUCGCGCUCUCCAUCACCGCGUUCCCCGUCAUGGCGCGUAUCCUGGCGGAACUCAAGCUCCUCACCACCCCGAUCGGGGAGACCGCGCUCGCCGCCGCCGCCUUCAACGACGUCGCUGCCUGGGUGCUCCUCGCGCUGGCCGUCGCCAUCUCCGGGUCCGGGUCCGGCGACCACCGCAGCCCGAUCGUGUCGCUGUGGGUGCUGCUGUGCGGCGCGGCGUUCGUGGCGGCGUGGAUGGUGGCGGUGAAGCCAGCGAUGGCGUGGGUGGCGCGGCGCGCGGACGCGUCCGGAGACGGCGGCGGCGGCGAGGCGUGGGUAGCGGUGACGCUGGCGGGGGUGCUGGCGUCCGGGUUGGCGACGGACGUGAUCGGGAUCCACGCCAUCUUCGGCGCCUUCGUGUUCGGGCUGACGGUGCCCAAGGAGGGCGGGUUCGCGGCGCGGGUGACGGCUCGCGUGGAGGACCUGGUGUCGGAGCUCCUGCUGCCGCUCUACUUCGCCUCCAGCGGGCUCAAGACGGACGUGGCCACCAUCCGGGGCGGCGAGGCCUGGGCCAUGCUCGCGCUCGUCAUCGCCACCGCCUGCGCGGGCAAGAUCGCGGGCACGUUCGGGGUGGCCAUGGCGUGCGGGAUGGGGGCGCGGGAGGCGCUCGUGCUCGGCGUCGUCAUGAACACCAAGGGACUCGUCGAGCUCAUCGUGCUCAACAUCGGCAGGGAGCGCAAGGUUCUGAACGAGGAGACGUUCGCCAUCCUGGUGCUCAUGGCGCUGGUGACCACCUUCAUCACCACGCCCACGGUGAUGGCCAUCUACAAGCCCGCGCGCGCCGCCGGCCGCAGGCGUCUGCAUCACCGCAAGCUCCAGGGCCCUGACCCCUCCGCGCCGUCCUCACCGUCCGCCUCGGCCGGCGCUGGCGCCGCAAUGGAGCUGCGCGUGCUGGCCUGCAUCCACGGCGGGCAGGACGUGCCCGCGGUGAUCAACCUGAUCGAGACCAUCCGCGGCCACACGCAGCCGCGCCGCCUCGUCAAGCUCUACAUCCUCCGCAUGGUGGAGCUGACGGAGCGCACCUCCUCCAUCCUCAUGGCGCGCGCCGCGCGCCAGAACGGGCUGCCCUCGGCCACGUCCAUGUCCGCGCUCCACACCAUGCACGACGACGUCGCCGCCGUCGCCGAGGACAAGCGCGUCUCCCUCGUCGUCCUGCCGUUCCACAAGCGCCAAACAGGCCACGGCGGCGACGACGUCGAGAACCUCGGCCCCGAGUGGCGCGCCGUCAACCGCCGGAUCCUCCGCGAGGCGCCCUGCUCCGUCGCCGUCCUCGUCGACCGCGGCUUCGGCGGCGGCGAGCAGGUCAGCUCGGAGCAGGUGGCGCACGGCGUCUGCGUCGUGUUCUUUGGCGGGCCAGACGACAGGGAGGCCCUCGAGCUUGCCGGGAGGAUGGCCGAGCACCCCGGCGUGCAGGUCACCGUCGUGCGGUUCGUCGACGGCAAGGCCGGCAGCGAGGAGCGGUCCGAGGUCACGCUGCGCCCGUCCCACACCAAGAACGCCGACCGGAGCUACACGUUCUCCACGGCCGUCGUCGACGCCGGCAAGGAGAAGGAGCUGGACGAGGCGGCGGUGGCGGAGUUCCGGCAGAGGAUGGGGUCCCUGGUGCGGUUCGAGGAGAGGGUGGUGGUCGGCAACGUGAUCGAGGAGGUGGUGUCGAUCGGGAAGAGCAGGGAGUACGGCCUGGUCGUCGUCGGCAAGGGCCGGCUGCCGUCCGCGAUGGUGGCGCAGCUCGCCGUCCACCCGGCAGAGCACCCGGAGCUCGGGCCCAUCGGCGACGCGCUCGCGUCCUCCGGCCACGGGGUGACGUCGUCGGUGCUCGUGGUCCAGCAGCACGACAUGAGCAACGCCGACGAGGUGCCCGUCUCUGUGGUGGUCGAUGGCCGUGCUCAGGACGGCGAGUUCGCCAAGGACAUGGCCGAGCCGUGA